AUGGCACACAGCCAGGCGCCUAGGCGGACGAUCGGGAACUGGGAAAUCCUGGAGGUGGUCGGAUCAGGUUCUUUCGCGAUUGUAUGGAAAGCACGUCACCUUACAACAGGCACCUUCGCGGCGGUAAAGGAAAUCCUUUCAGACCGUCUCAAUAAGAAACUUCAUGAAUCGCUGGAGUCGGAGAUUGCUGCACUUCAGAGACUAAGGCACUCGAACAUCGUGGGCCUAUUAGACUUGUACAAGGAGCCAGGCAAGAUAUUCCUCGUGCUGGAGUACUGUGCAGGUGGCGAUCUGGCUCAACACCUGCGUCGACGAGGUCCCCUCAGUGAGGCCUCGUGCCGUUACCUGCUUAGGCAACUGGCAGAGGGGCUCAAGGUACUCAGGCAACACAACGUAAUACACCGCGACCUAAAGCCCCAGAACCUGCUUCUCUCCGACAAUGGUUCCUCACCGGCCCUCAAGAUCGCGGACUUUGGAUUCGCCAGGUCCCUGCAACCGGCAGGUUUGGCUGAAACACUGUGUGGCAGCCCCCUCUACAUGGCGCCAGAGGUGCUGCAGCUGCACCGGUACGACGCCAAAGCGGAUCUGUGGAGUGUGGGAACCAUCCUCUUUGAGCUGCUUACAGGAAAACCACCCUUCAACGGUGCCAACCACCUCCAACUAAUUCAGAACAUUGAGAGGGGGGAUGCCGUACUGCCUGACCACGUGUCUAGAAGCCUAUCCCCGUCAUGCAGGCAGCUGCUCCACCAGCUGCUACGCCGCAACCCC